AUGGUCGCCAACGCGAAUGUUGUGGAUGCCACAUCUCUCAUCGCGCCAAACAUGUCCUCAUCAUCGUCUCUAACGUUAAGCACGCUAUUAUCAACACUACACACACACCUCAAUGCCCAAACCCAACUUUUACCGACACUCCACGUUCAACUCGGCCUACCACAAACCGCCCUGGAAGAUGAACUGCAGACAUUACAGCAUACCCUGACCAAGGCCGUUGAGUCUCAGAUAGAGGUGCGGAGGAAACAAGUAGAUGAUUGGAUAGGAAAAUGCGAAGGAGUGGAGUUUGGUUGUGCUCGGUAUUCGAGAGCGCUGGGCACCCAUGCUAAAGUUGCUGGAUCGCUCAGUGAUCUGAAAGCCGAGAAAGUCUUGCCAAGGAGAUAUGAAAGCGCCACUGUGUACCAGGAGAAACUAAGACAGAUCUAUCACACGAAACUCGAGCAGCUCACAACGUUGACCAAUCGCCUGAAUGCCCUCGCACGGACGCUGGGCUCCCAUUUCUUUCAACAAGAUAUCUUGACUCCCGCAGUUGUUGCUACUGAGGAACUAGACAACCCUACAGCACUACGAGAUGUUAUGCCUGAGCGUUUUUCCAAACUUGAAAAGGAGCUUGUACGAGGAAAAGGCGAAGUGUUGAAGCGACUAACUCAACUGGGUGAAGUCUUCACCCAGAUCGACUGGCUUUACUCAGAAUUAGGUAUCGAUCCUCCCCCACCCACUGUCACGACACCGGUUGCCACCUCAUCUUCAACACUUGCUGUACCGAGAUAUUCUCUGCCACGAUCUUCAUCCGCCGGUAGUACGCGUCUCAACUCCAGUGCAGAUCCAUUUGCGUUCUCAACUGCGGGACCAUCGACGCCCACUCCUUCCUCGAUCGGGACAUCUGACAACCACAUGCUUUGCCCAUCGUCCUCUCCCCAACAGCCCUCUAUAGCCCUCCCAGAAGUUUCCGAGUUCCCCAACGAAAAUGAAUACCUCAGGUCCCUCGGACGCUUUAUCGAGCUACUCGACUCAUCGCCGCAAGACUCGCCACCUGGAACAAUCUUAAACUCAUGUGGUAUCGAACCGACGCAGGGGAUCUUGGCUUGGGGUGAUAGACUGCAUGCCGAACUGAAUGAACUCAAGAGGCGCCGAGAAGUACACAUCCAAGCCAUGUAUGACCAACUGGAGGCGCUUUGGCGACGCAUGGGUGUGGGCGAGGAGGCUAUGGAUGGUUUUGUCGAGGCGAAUCGCGGGACGACGCCUUCUGUGGUCCAAGCGUAUGAAGAAGAACUGGAGCGCAUGAUUGACUUGAGGCGCGAGAGAAUGGGCGAGUUUAUCGCUAAUGCUCGCACAGAAAUUGAGAGCCUGUGGGAGGAGCUCAUGGUAGGAGAAGAUGAGCGGAAUGAUUUUGCGGCAUUCGCUGAUGAUGAACAUACAGAAGAUUUGCUGAGCCAGCAUGAGCACGAGAUCGCCCGCCUAAAAGCGGAAGUGCGGCUCAAGACGCCACUACUGACAUCGAUCAAGAAGUACAUGGAGAUUUGUGAGGAAGAGAAGGAGCUAGAGCGUGUAGCCAGUGAUCAGACACGCCUUCUAGGAAGGGGUGGGGGACGAGAUCCUGGUAGACUGCUCCGGGAAGAGAAGAUGCGAAAGAGGGUUGGGAAAGAGAAGCCGAAGCUUGAACAACAACUACUGUCAUCGCUGCCUACAUGGGAACAAACGCACGGACGAGCUUUCCUCGUACAUGGCGAAAGCAUGCUCCAGUUGUUGAUGGAGAAUGCAUCGGCGAACGAACAGGAGAAUCGCAAAAGAACGCCUACUUCUCAAUAUUCUGCGCAGGCGCUCAAUAGGGGGGCUUCGCAAAGCCUGAAGCCCGCCGCAGCCGCCAGCAACGGGGCAAAUGUCGCUUCCAAAGGAGGAUAUGUCCCUGGUAAAUCCAACGCAUCUCAUCACGGCGUGGUAACACCCGCCAAACUCAUCGAUGGCACACAUCGUACUGUAGCACGUCCAGGAUCGCCUACAAGGGGCCGGACACCCAGCGGCAAUUCAGCUCUCCCUCGACCAACCAUGCAAAACGCGCCGCAUAUGCCUUCCCAUUCAAAGAACUCGCAGGGGUACGCUGCACUUGGAUGGGGCCGCAAUCCGUCGACGAUGCCACGAUCAACAUCACAUACGAGUGUAACACAUCUUAGCUCAAGCGUGAGCUCGCACUAUCUUUCGAGCUCACGGUCGUACAACUCUGCCUCGAUGGCGUCCAGUCAUUCUAGGGAGUCAGCAGCUAAAAAGACGACGGGUCGUAUUCGCAAGGAGAGCUUCAAACCACGGCCGAGUAUCGAUGGUGGUAGUGGAGGUGCUGUGGGAUGGAAGAGCGGGUUUCGGGGGAUAAGCGUUGCAGAGGAAGACGGAUGCUGA